ACCGGAGUCUGUUUCUCCUGCCUGGGACAGCUAACAUUACGCUGGCAGGCCGAACGCUGCACGUGACCACACUGGAGGAUUCUGGAAUGAUCCGCCCGAGCCAGCAUUGGUCAGGAGUGUUUCAGAGCCUCAGCACAGCCAUUCCUCCUUUGCCAUGUUAGUGCUCAGUCUGGUGCCGUUGCUGUUGCUAUGUGAAAGCAGUUGCCGGGCGGCGGACGUUCCUGAGGAUGUGACGGCGGAGUUUUCGGUCAGACUGUACCACCAGCUGCAGAUGGUCGGGGGGGAGGACAACAUUAUUUUCUCCCCACUGAGCGUGGCCCUGGCGCUGGGUAUGGUGGAGCUAGGAGCCAGGGGGUCUUCCCUGCAGGAGAUCAGACAGGCUGUGGGGUAUAGCCACUUCAGAGAAGAUGAAGAGUUCUCCAUGCUGAGGAACGUGACCCAGGCUUUGUCUGUGGAUGAAGCGCAGUACAUCAUUCGUCUGGCCAACUCCCUUUUCCUGCAGACGGGGGUGCACUUCAGCUCCGAGUUCCUCCGCCUCAUGAAGCAGUAUUUCCAUGCUGAUGCGGAGACGGUGGAUUUCAGCGAGUCAGCAGCUGUGGCCCAGCACAUCAACACCUGGGUCCAGAACCACACAGAGAGUAAGAUCUAUGACCUGGUGUCAGCCGAUGACUUCAGUAGCGUGACUAGGAUUACUCUGGUCAAUGCUGUGUACUUCAGGGGCAGCUGGAAGAACCAGUUUCGACCAGAAAACACCAGAACUUUCUCCUUCAGCAAGGACGAUGGCAGCGAGGUGCAGACACUGAUGAUGUAUCAGCAGGGAGACUUCUACUACGGCGAGUUCAGUGAUGGUUCUGCAGAGGCGGGUGGCGUGUACCAGGUUCUGGAGAUGCCGUAUGAAGGAGAGGACCUAAGUAUGAUGAUUGUUCUGCCCAGACAAGAGGUUCCUCUGGCCACGCUGGAGCCCAUCAUCAGGCCACAGCUGCUGGACGAGUGGGCCAACAACGUCAAGAAGCAGAAGGUGGAGGUUUACCUGCCCAGGUUUAAAGUCGAGCAGAAGAUUGACCUGAAAGACACACUGCAGCAACUGGGCAUCAAAAACAUCUUCACUAAAGACGCUGACCUCUCAGCCAUGACUGCAGAGAGAGCAGAUGGCAGUGAUCUGUUUAUCGGUAAAGCAGUGCAGAAGUCGUAUCUGGAGGUGACGGAAGAGGGAGCAGAGGGAGCAGCAGGAUCAGGGAUGAUUGCUUUGACCAGGACAUUGGUGCUGUACCCUCAGGUCAUGGCUGACCAUCCCUUCUUUUUCGUCAUCAGAAACAGGAGAACAGGAUCUCUUCUUUUCAUGGGCAGAGUGAUGAACCCUGAAGUCGUCGAUCCUUUUGACCAAGAUUUGGAUUCUGCUGAUACACAAGUUUAAUCCAAUUCCAGUUCCUGUUUCACACGUGUACUCUUAGAAACACAAGGCCUAAGGAGUGCAAUCUCACAGCAAAUGCCAUUUUCCUUCAUGGCUUCUAUAACAAGAACCAUGAAUAUACUUAAUGUAUAAAUAUAUAGUGGCAUGCAAAAGUUUGGGCACCCCUGGUCAAAGUUUCCUUUAUUGUGAAUAGCUAAGCGAGUACAAGAUGAACCGACUUCCAAAAGGCAUGAAGUUAAAGAUGAAACUUUUCUUUAAUGUUUUAAAGCAAGAUUACUUUUUUUAUUUACAUCUUUUACCAUUUCAAUAGUAAAAGAGCGCCCUGCAUGGUCACCCCCUUGGGCAAGUAUCACAACUUGUAAACACUUUUUACAGCCACCUAAGCUUUCAGUUCUUGUUUGGGUUUUGUCUCCCAUUCUUUCUUCCAAAACGCUUUUAAUUCUGUGAGAUUCCUAGGCUGUUUUGAGUGCACUGCUCUUUUGAGAUCAAUCCGCAGAUUUUCGAUGAUGUUUAGGUUGGUGAACUGUGAAGACCAUGGAUGGCAAAACCUUCAGCUUGCACCUCUUUUGGUACUCCAUUGUAGACUUUGAGGUGUGUUUUGGCUUAUUAUCCUGCUGUAGAAGCCAUUCUCUUUUAAUCUCCAGCUUUUUUUUACAGACGGUGUCAUGUUUUCUUCCAGAAUUUGCUGGUAUUUAAUUGGAUCCAUUCUUCCCUCUACCAGUGAAAUGUUCUCUCUACUGUUGGCUGCAACAAAAGCCCAAAGCAUGAAUGAUCUACCCCCAUGCUUAGAAGUGGAAGAGGUAUCUUUUCAUGAAAUCUUGGAUCCUUUUUUUUUCUCCAGUCAUAUCUUUGCUCAUUGUGGCUUGUUUCCAAAGUACACCAGGCUUGUUUAGUUGUCUCAAACUUCUGGUGCUGAAUUUUGUGGUGAGGAUACAGGAUAGGUUUGGUUAACCUUUUUUUUUUUCAAUCCAACGAGCAGUUUAGAAGGUUUUCCUGGACUUCCAGACCUUAAUUUGCCCUCCAUCAUUCCUGUUAACUGCCAUUUCCUACUUACGUUACAAACUGUGGAAACGGCUACUUGAAAACGCUUUGUCAUCUUCUUCUUGCCUUCUCCUGCUUUGUGGGCAUCAGUUAUUUUCAUUUUCAGAGUGCAGCUGCUCAAAGGAGCCCAUGGCUGCUGAUUGUUCGGACGAGGCUUGAGGAGGUAGAGUAUUUAUAAAGCUUUGAAAUUAGCAUCACCUCAAUUCCUAACGAUGUUUGUGAAUGAUUCUUGGCCCUAACAAGCUAAUUAAGGUCUGGGACUUUGGCAAAAGAUAUCUGCAAGCACAAAUUGUGCAAAGCAAAAAUAUGAAUAUUUCAUCUUUAACUUCAAGCCUUUUGGAGAUCAGUUCAUCCGCUACUCACUGAACUAUUCACAGUGACAGAUAUUUUGCCCAAAUCUUUGCACACCACUGUACAUUAUAAAAUGUGAUUGUGUUUUGAUACUUUCAGCUUUAACCACUGGAGGAGAAGUUGUAAAUAUAUCUAUGAAGUAUUACCAUGCCGGUAAAAGCAACACACAUUUAAUAUGUAUUUAUGAGCUGAUUCGCAUCUUUUGUUUUUCACCAGCCUUUUAGAGCAUGCAGUCAUUCUGCACUCUUUGUUAAUGUAUAUUUGCUACUGUGUUACAUAGAGGAAAGUAGAUAUUUAUUGCAAAAAAGGUGUUUUUUCCUUUCUCUUACUCAUAUGAUAUUUAAUAUAUAUAAAAAUGACUCUAAAUCUUAGUAAAUUUUUAUUUAUUGUUAUAUUAUUAUUAUCAUUAUUAUUAUUAUUAUUAUUAUUAUUAUUGUGGCUUAUGUACCGCUGAAAAACUGAUAUGCCUUUUAAGUGUAAAGUUUUAUCUUGGUGAAAGGUUUUAUGGAUGUACAGGUAGUGAAGCAAGGUUUCCAUGGUGACCCCAAGACUGGGGCAGAGAUGUUGUUUGGUGUACAGGGAUUAAAAAAAAAACACCAGCUGUAAUUUCAAUUUCAGAAAUAAACAUAAAUGUGGAAGAA